AUGUUGUUUUAUAAUUUCUUUCAAACACUGGUUGAAAAAAACGCUAAAGUCACAAUCGAAUUAAAAAAUGAUCUACAAAUAUCAGGGAAACUUCACUCCGUUGACCAGUAUUUAAAUAUAAAGUUGACCAACGUCACAGCCAAUGAUACUGAUAGAUACCCUCACCUGUUGUCAGUCGUAAACUGUUUUAUUCGAGGCUCUGUGGUUCGGUAUGUGUUCUUUAACCCCUCCGACAUCGACACUGAGGAGCUCCAGGAGCUGUGUAGAAGGCAGGCCAUGAAGCAAACCAUAGACAAAAAGUAA